CUGCCAACCCGAGUGUAAAAUCCGGCGAUGCAGCAGGAGCAACGCGCUUUUCUUUUUUUCUCAGCCACUCGUGUAGAUGGGGUUUCUGCAUAGCAACCUAUUGCAAAUCUGAUGCUUCUUUUUCCCGGACAUAUACCAGUACGCUCUCUUCACGCGUUUCCUGGCAACCGUCGGUCCCCGCUCCCUAACAUAAAAUGAUGCUAAAAUCUGCCUCAAUUCACUUCUAUUAAGUUCCAUACUCAACUAUCCUUUCAUUCUACUCAUUACUUCUUUUCUUCUCAUCCCACUCCUUCAUCGCCAUGGCUAGAAACCAUCGCGCCCGUGAGACCAAAACUCCUCGAUCGCAAUCACAAAAGCCAGCGGCCAAAGCGAGGCGUCCUCGUUUCGACUGGAAUUUAUUGGAAGACUGUGUCAUGCUUCACAGUAUUGUCAAGAGACUGUGUUCUGGUGACAGCCCCUCAUUGAAUACCUUCAGAGAAUUGGAGGAUGAUCUUGGGAAGGAUUUUUACUCCUUCGAAACUUUGAGGAGACGCUGGUUUCGUGUCGAAGACAGAUGCGAGUCGGUGCUUCAGGACCGCCAAAACUGGCCUCCGAGACGACGUUGGGAUUCCGACGAAAGAGGGAGCCUUGAGUGGGACAACGAUAUCGAGGAUAAAGAGGAUUAUCCUACGCCGGAAUCCUCCUCGACAUACAGAGGGGAUUAUUCUCCGGCAACUGAUAACUCCCCGACCCCAAUCCGGGGCCGCUUCUCUGACCAACGUGGUCGGAAUGACCGGGAUAGGUCCGCCUCUCCCUCCCGAGCCCAUCCAAGGCAUGGCCGACAACAGGCCUCCGCUCCAACCCGUUCUCUCCCAGGACGUUCGGUCUCUCGACGGGCACCUGUUACAAGGGCUCCUGCCCCGGACCGACGACAAGCUCAUACGGUCAGCAGGACGGCCACCGCUUCCCGGGGCCCUGCCCGGCAGCCAACGUCUGGGGCUAAUCAAAGCCCUAUGGUUCUGCGAGACUGCAGACAGCGACGACGGGUUAGACAGUACGAAGAGUCCCUGUCCCCUGUUGAAGCUGGACUAUCCCGAAGAUGAUUUCUUCUGUUCACUGGCCGUUUGUUUACUCUUUCAUGCCAAAUCUUUCCCCUAGGAGGCUGCGGAUCUAUUUUCCUUGAGGAUUGUUCUUUUGAUUUUGUUUGUCUUUGGAAUACUGCUACUUCGGUUUUUUCUUUUCGGUCUAUAGCUUUUUUCGUUCUAUAGCUUUCUCGGUAUAUAGCUUUUUUCGUUAUGUUGUUUUCUAGGUCUAUAGCCUUUCUCGGUUUAUAGAUCUUUUGUGCUCUAGAAUGGUCUAUGGAAUAGUAAAGGACUCUCCAAC